AUAUGGCCUUGAAGUGCGAGCGAGGUUCUUGAGCCGUACCCUAGACUAUACUGCGCCAUCUCCAGCUGUAAAGUUGAAGCGCGGCGUUUUAAGGCUAUGAUCUAUACUGCGUCGUGCUUUGACAUCAGUAUGGAACGCACGCUUGUUCAAAUUUGUUUCCCUUCCCUCUUUCACCGCCUUGCAUCAUGCUGUUAAGCAAUUUUGUCUCCGGGGUCAAUUGAAGAAGAUAUUUUAGGUUAAACGUUACUUUGUGAAACUUAACAAUGGAGUUGUCUCUGCCAGAAGAUCUCCUCCAACUAUUGUUUAGGGCUUCAAAGUCUUAUGAUCUAAAAGAAGCAUUAGAAAUUCUUAUCGAAACUUCAAGAAUUGAUGAUGGCCGUGCUAACCUUGCAGCUAAGGAUGUCCUUCCUUUAGUGCUGAAGCUUUUCAAAUCUAUUUCUUACCCGUCUGGAGAUCAGUUUCUCACGCUCUCUUUAAAACUCCUGAGAAAUCUGUGCGCUGGAGAAAUCACCAAUCAGAACUGUUUUGUAGCGUUAAAUGGACCGGAGAUGGUUUCUACUCUUUUACGGUCUGCGGGACUUGUUUAUGAGCCGGAUUAUGGGAUUAUUCGGCUUGGAUUGCAGGUUCUGGCUAAUGUAUCUUUGGCUGGAGAAAAACAUCAGCAAGCUAUUUGGCAUUGGUUUUUCCCUGAUGAGUUUGUUGUGCUUGCAAAGAACCGAAGUCAGAGUACUUGUGAUCCUCUUUGUAUGAUAAUUUAUACUUGUUGUGAUGGAAAUCCUGGCUUCGUUUUAGAGCUCUGUGGAGAUCGAGGGCUGGCUAUUGUGGCUGAGAUUGUGAGGACUGCCUCUGUAGUUGGCUAUGGAGAAGAUUGGUUUAAACUGCUUCUCUCGAGGAUCUGUUUGGAAGAAGAAUACUUUUAUAAACUAUUCUCUUGUUUUUAUUGUGCUGGUGAUUCUGAAAACAGUGAAGGUAUAAGUUCAAGUAGUGACCUUUUCUCAACAGAACAAGCUUAUCUCUUGAGUACUGUAUCAGAGAUCUUGAAUGAACGACUUGAGGAUAUAAGUGUUUCAAUUGAUUUUGCAUUGUGUGUAUUUGGAAUAUUUAAGAGAUCUGUUGGGGUUGUUGAUUUUGUGUCAAGAGGCAAUUCUGGUCUUCCAACAGGAUCUGCUGCGGUUGAUGUUCUUGGAUAUUCACUGACCAUUCUAAGAGACACAUGUGCCCUGCAUGGUAAGGGUGGCCUGUAUCAUUCAGUGGAUGUCGUUGAUACACUUUUGUCUAAUGGACUUCUAGAAUUACUUCUUUUUGUGCUUCAUGACCUUGAGCCUCCGCCAAUGAUCAAGAAAGCCAUGAAACAGAAUGAGAACCAUGAACCAGCUUCUUCACGCUCCUAUAAACCCUGCCCUUACAAAGGAUUUCGGAGAGACAUUGUUGCAGUCAUUGGUAAUUGUGCUUUUCAAAGAAACAAUGUGCAAGAUGAGAUUAGGCAGAAGGAUAUGAUUCCUCUGUUGUUACAACAGUGUGUGACAGAUGAAGAUAAUCCAUUUUUAAGGGAGUGGGGAUUAUGGUGUGUGAGGAACUUAUUGGAAGGGAAUGUAGAAAAUCAGAAAGCAGUAGCUGAAUUGGAGCUUCAAGGAACUGUUCAGGUGCCUGAGCUUUCUGGGCUUGGUCUCAGAGUAGAGGUGGACUCGAAUACUAGACGCGCCAGGCUUGUGAAUGUGUCAUCAACGGAUGAUAAAGAUGCAAGCUUGGGCAGUUAACCUGUCUAUGCUCCCAUAAAGUAUAUUCGUUACCAUGACUUGGCAUUCAUUCUUUGGUCGAUAUCUAGAGGAAUUCCUUAGAAUACAGGCUUUUAAUCUCAUCUGGUUAUGGCCGCAUUUUUGUCACUUAUAGAGCAAGUUAAAACAGGGGAGAAGUUUCUUUUUGUAAUUGUAGCAAAUAGCGUGUUCACGAUGUCCUGGUUGUACUUGUGCAGUGACUAACGAAACGAUGGGUGGGCAUUUUCUGAAA